UUGAAUUUCUUUAUCUUGGGAAAGAUUAGCUUCAUCAUUAGAUCUGUGAAUCUUCCUUUCUUUAAUUCCCUUAGCCUGUAUCUUCCUCUUGGAGAUCUUUGGUUGUGUUCUCCUAAGUAAGACUUUUUCAUUAAGCUUAUUUAAGGUUAUCAAUCUGAAUCGUGAAAUUAUCCUGUCUUGUUUGAGUCUAUCAACUUUUUGGUGUUUGUCUUCACUAAGUUUCAUGGCUUCUUUUAGUUCUUAUUUCAAAGGUUUGAUUUCUUCCUCCUCAAUCUUGUUUCGAAGCUUACUAAGUUGAAGAUUAUGAUAGGAAUGAGUAAUAUCUUUAGUUCUACUCUCCCCACUUCUAUCCUGCUGAAAUAGCUUGAACUAGGACUGAUGUGUGCGACGGGUCAUAAGCUCAGAAUUGAAUAGAGUUUUAAUAACCCUUCCUGUAUUGUGAAGGAUAUUUUCCUUUCAACUAAGCUAUCUUUCUUUAAAACUUUCUUAAGCCUUUUCUUGAGUUUAUUUCUUACACUAGAGCUUUAGUUGCAGACUCGAUUGGCCCAGGAUGACACAACCUUGUUCUCCUCUUUGAACAAGUUUAUCUUGUUAAGUUGGUAUUCAACCUUUUAGAAUUAUAAAAGUUUUUGAAAACUAAGAUAUUCUAAAAUUUUGAAUGAUAUCAGCUUUUGAAAGGGUAUCGAAUUGACUAAAAUAACUCAGACUGUUCAGAUCAUCAAGUCUGUAUCAAACAUUCCAUCUUUGUUACCUUUCACAAUAUAAGCUACUCUUUUCAUCUUUAAGAGAUAUCAUUAGGGAAUUUGGUCCAU